CCUUGGUCGAAGCGCGGAAAAAUCCUGUCGGCAUUAUUGCAGCGAUAUUUGAUCUGGGAAAAGCCAAGGACAUCUGCGAGAGCUAUGGAUUGACGUUCCAACACCGAAUCUCAACAAAUGGCAAAGUGGCGAUCCUCCAAGGAUUACUGAUUCAUCGUCGAACGUACGAAAUGACAUCGAGAUAUGAUAGACGGCAUGAACGCAAAAAAUCAAGUGCUAAACCGGUCGUUCAAGACGACGACACGAAAAAUCAGAUCGAUUCAUUGACUGAUGUUAUUGAUGGCUUGCAAAAACGGCAAAAAGAUACCGUGAAAUUGAGGCAAUCAUUACAAAACGAGGUGAAACUGGCAAAAGGCCGAUUCUAUGAAGACCGUUCCGACUUGAAUUUCAGAAAUUGGCAACAUAAAAAGGCUGCAAUGCAGAGGGAAAAUCGGGCGCUUUUGACAUGCCGAACAAGUUUGCGCAAGGCAAAAAAUGGACGUUAUUUGUUGCGAGGCCAGCUGUACCGAGGAAAAGAUACAGAGGAAGAAAGACGUGAUACUGUCCCUACAGCAGCAUUUCCUCAAUGCAUGGACGAGGCGAGAAGAUUGGACAUCUCCCAAUUACAGCAUGCCGUAACUUUUUCCGGAACGGAUUAUGGAAUCCAAACAAUGUCGGUGACCGUGCCUUUGACCAUACCGACCAUCAGCAGGCACUUGCAGUUAUACAACAGAUACGCUUGUCGUGAAACUUGCGCUGACUUCGAAGCAGGAGAUGUUCUUACCGAUCCUGAGCUGUUCCUUCCGAAACCGGUUAAAAUCCGUGCCAAGAACAUCGAAGAAAUCUCAUUUGCGAGAAGACACAGAAGAAGACGUGAAAAAUUAAAGAAGGUAUUAUUUUAUUCACAUCUGGAGAAUGGCUGACUGACUGGAAAAUAGAUGACUCCUUCGAUCAGGAGCACUGAAGAAAUGUUGAGCCGUAACCCAAUUUCGCACGCUUGGACGCAGGAAGAAGCAUUGCAUAGUUUCAAAGUAUGCAGAUUUUUCUUGAACCAAGUG